AUGCUAUUCAUAGAGCUUGCCGACUCUUUGGACUCAUCGACUAUAAUCCUCCGCACGCCACUAUUCGACGCCGCUCAGAUCUGGCUUGCACUGGUGACGCCCAACUCCACCCAAGCUUCCACACCCCUUUUCCGCCGCCUGUCUCUAUUUAGAACUGGCCUGUCGAAGCGCCUCAGUGGGUUCCAGCCAUCGAACCAAAAUCACACGUUUAUGGAGCUAUGGAGCCUCUACCGCGAUGGUGCAUAUACUACUGCCCCAUCCAUUCUGUCGCUACGGAGUAUGUACGGAGUACGGAGUACGGAGUACGACUACUACACACUUGAAAUCGAUCGACAACCUCGAUCGUUUAUCGACCCAGUGCCCCGGGGCGCGAGCUCAGAUCGGAUCGUGCGUAAACCGCCCUACCCUGCCCACUCCAAGCCCUUCAAGGAUGGUGCCGUGACAAAUACUGUAGGUAUGCCCACGCCGCGUCCACAGAUGGGCUUCCAGCAUCGGGAAAUAAGGCAAUGA